GGCCCGCGCCUCCCGGGCGGGCUAUGUGGAUAGCCCCGCCGGGGCCGGCCCGCGGGAUCAGCACAGCCCGGCCCGCGGCCCCGGCGGCCAGCGGGGACUAUGAACCGGAAAGCGCGGCGCUGCCUGGGCCACCUCUUUCUCAGCCUGGGCAUGGUCUACCUCCGGAUCGGUGGCUUCUCCUCGGUGGUAGCUCUGGGCGCGAGCAUCAUCUGUAACAAGAUCCCGGGCCUGGCUCCCAGACAGCGGGCGAUCUGCCAGAGCCGACCCGACGCCAUCAUCAUCAUAGGAGAAGGCUCACAAAUGGGCCUCGACGAGUGUCAGUUUCAGUUCCGCAAUGGCCGCUGGAACUGCUCAGCACUGGGGGAGCGCACCGUCUUCGGGAAGGAGCUCAAAGUGGGGAGCCGGGAGGCUGCCUUCACGUACGCUAUCAUCGCUGCCGGCGUGGCCCACGCCAUCACAGCCGCCUGCACCCAAGGCAACCUGAGUGACUGUGGCUGCGACAAGGAGAAGCAAGGCCAGUACCACCGGGACGAGGGCUGGAAGUGGGGUGGCUGCUCUGCCGACAUCCGCUACGGCAUCGGCUUCGCCAAGGUCUUUGUGGAUGCCCGGGAGAUCAAGCAGAAUGCCCGGACUCUCAUGAACUUACACAAUAACGAGGCAGGCCGAAAGAGUGUGGGCCUCGAGCUGCUCAUUCCGGGGACAGAUGAUGAUGUGCCACGGAUCUUGCUCCGUGAGAGCGCGUCCGUGGAACGGCCGUCUUCUGGCUCUGGAUGUAUCAGCUCACUUAGUCCUCAAGGCGUCCCUGUCAAUGGUCUUGUCAUUGUCCCUGUUUCACCGAUCCAGGCGCAGAUGUGGGUUCUCACCUUCUCUGAUGGAAAGGCUUCUAGCCCAAAUUGA